AUGCUGGAUGCGCUGAAAUUCUUCCUCUUCGUCAUUCUACUGCUGGUGACGAUCAUGCUUAAUCAACACGUAACCUCCAAACGAUCCGCCGAGCUCGAUCUCGAGCUGCUGUGGCAGAUACAGGAUACGAAAGGAGUGUAUAUUAUACCGAAUCAGACUGUUCCUUCCGGUGUGUACACGGCCCUGGAGCAGAGCAUGAUCAUUGGAUCGUUGUUGGAAGAGUAUAACGAUGUCAACACCAGCUGGGUUGGCGAGACUGAUUGGAUUUACCGGACGAAUCUCUCAUGUCUCGCGGAAGACUACCAGUACGUAUUGCUGACAUUCCAUGGAGUAGAUACAUUCGCAAGUAUACAUCUCGGCAACCAGCUGCUCGGUACAACGGAGAACAUGUUCCUGCGCUAUCGAUUCGAUGUUAAAAACCUGUGCGAUGGCAGUACCCACGAGCUGAGGCUCCAAUUCCGUUCACCUGUCGUGGAAGCACGGGAUCGAGCACUAGGUCGAAAGCUCCCUAUCGUACCCGAGUGUCCCCCGCUGGUGUACCACGGCCAGUGCCACGUAAACCUUAUUCGAAAAAUGCAAGCCAGCUUCGCCUGGGACUGGGGAUUAUCUGCACCGUCCAUGGGCAUAUGGAAACCUGUCAAGCUGGAGUACUACAGUUCUGCGCUGAUCCGGGAUCUAACGGUGGCAAUCAGCGAGUCAGACGAUGUCGGUGGUGAACGAUGGUCAGUGAUGGUAGGCGUUCAUCUCGAGACCGGACUGAGCAGUGCCCGUAUCAACGGAAUCUUAACGUUUAAGAUCAUAGGAGUACCAUUAGCAGAUGAAACCGAGCAGACGCUUUCCAUCGCGAACUCGACGGAUGAAAGCGGUGAGCUGAUGGUCGAACAUCGGCUUACAGUACACAGAAGCUCAGUCGAGCGUUGGUGGCCAAAUGGAUACGGUAAGCAGGCACUCUACAGCCUGUACGUUCGCUGGGAAGAUGCGGCCGUGAAUGGCGUUAAGCUGAGAAACCCGGACACGAUGAUCUCAGAGAAGGUGAUUCGCAUCGGAUUUCGGACGAUACAACUCAGCCAGGAGCGUACGGCAGAUGGAUUGAUGUUCUACUUCAAAGUUAACGACGUGCCAAUGUUCGCUAAGGGCUCCAACUGGAUUCCUUCUUCAGUGCUACCCGAGCGUUCGUAUGACGUGAACUAUGUUAAGUUCCUGUUGUAUGCUGCCCGAGAUGCUCACAUGAACAUGCUGCGUGUGUGGGGAGGUGGACUGUACGAGAGUGACCACUUCUAUCGUAUGGCGGACGAGCUGGGUCUGCUUAUAUGGCACGAUCUAAUGUUUGCCUGCUCGAUGUACCCAACGGAUAAGGACUUCCUGCGUACGGUACAGGACGAGGUUCGGCAGAAUGUGCGUCGCAUUCAACACCACCCGAGUGUGGCCGUAUGGGCCACGAACAACGAAAACGAGGUGGCACUUCGCCAGAACUGGUACAAAACGGAAGCAAACUUCAGCACCUACUUGGCGCAGUACGUCGAGCUGUACGUCCACACAAUCCUGCCGGUGGUGGAAGCGAACGAUCGGUGGCGUACGGUUUUGUUAUCUUCACCAUCGAACGGAAACCAGUCCGUCAAGGAGCGGUAUGUGGCUACAAACCCGCAGGAUCCGCUCUAUGGUGAUGUGCACUAUUACAAUUACUUCCUGGAUGGGUGGAAUGCGGCCCAGUACCGUGGUGGUCGGUUCGUGUCUGAGUACGGGUUUCAAUCAUUCCCGGCCUUCACCAGUUGGCCGGAAGCACGCAGUUACGGGCACAAAGAGCUUGGCCAGUUGAUCAACCAUCGUCAGCACAGCCCUCUAGGCAACACGCCCAUCCUCACGAUGAUAAGCUACAACCUACCGAUGCCCUCCAACCAAACAGCCGAUAGCUACUGGCCUGAGCUGAUCUACCUCAGCCAACUGUCGCAGGCAAUGAUCGUGAAGAUCGAAACGGAGGUGUACCGGGCGCAUCGGCUCGAUCACGGGACGAUGGGUGCCCUUUACUGGCAGCUGAAUGACGUCUGGAUUGCACCGUCUUGGUCCUCCAUCGAGUACGGUGGAACGUUUAAGCUACUUCACGUGUGGCUGCGUGACAUCUUCGCCCCGGAACACCUGGUGACGUUCAUCAACGAGCGUCGCCUGCUAGAGGUAGUUGCUGUGCGGGAUACACUCGGAACCGAUGAUGAAUUGUGGGACGUUGAGCUACGAAUCCACCGGUACGGCAGUUUCCGGUUGGUUGAUCGUCGUAGCUACAAAGGCGUACGAGUGCCACCGAACUCAAUUGCACUCGUCGAUCGAUGGGACGUGUAUGGGCAUCUAGCAGCGAAAGGACUCUAUCCAGCUGAUCACCUAGUACUGGCGUACGCGUACCGCCACCAGCAGGAACCACCGCAGCAGAUUGCAGAGAACUUUGCGCUGCUGGAUAAGCUGAAAAACAUACGCUCUGACCAGCGUGUAACACCGGAAGUUGCGAUCAACGUCGUGUCCGCGGUUUGCAGCGACCGUAGCAAUCUGACGAGCGUCAGUUUGGAGGUAUCCGUUAGUGUACCGGCACUAUUCGUUUAUUUGCAGCUAACACCCGAAAACAGCACCCUCAAGCAGUGUCAAUUUUCGAGCAAUGGCUUCCUGCAAUUCCAACCUGUUCGUACCGUACAGCUGAGGUGUGUCGAUCCGGGUUGUCGCAAUAAGAUCCAGGCGCGAGACAUUACCGUGCGCACCGUCAACGAACUGUUGGUACGCUGA